AUGUUCAACUUUGCAGCUCUCUUCUCCUUUGCGUUCUUCGCUGUCGCGUACAGCCAGCAAAUUGGCACACUGACUGCAGAGACUCAUCCUCCUUUGACCUGGCAGGAAUGCACUGCAUCUGGUUGCACAACCCAGUCAUCUUCUGUUGUCUUGGACGCGAACUGGCGCUACCUUCACAGCACGACUAGUUCGACUAACUGCUACGAGGGUAAUACUUGGGACACUACUCUCUGUCCCGACCCUACCACUUGUGCUGCUAACUGUGCCCUCGACGGAGCCGAUUAUGAAGGAACUUACGGUGUUACUGCCAGCGGCGACUCGUUAACCCUCAAGUUUGUGACCACCUCCGAACAAAAAAACGUUGGCUCCCGUUUGUAUCUUAUGGCUCCGGGAAGCACCACCGAAUAUCAAGCGUUCAAGUUGAUCAACCAAGAAUUCACUUUCGACGUUGAUGUCUCUCAACUCCCUUGUGGUCUUAAUGGGGCUCUUUACUUCUCGCAAAUGGACGCUGAUGGCGGUGUGUCCCGUUUCCCCACGAACAAGGCUGGCGCUCAGUACGGUACUGGAUACUGUGACUCUCAGUGCCCUCAUGACAUCAAGUUUAUUGAUGGACUGGCUAACAUUGUGGACUGGACUCCCUCUACUAACAAUCCUAACACUGGAACGGGUGCUACUGGAAGUUGCUGUGCCGAGAUGGACAUUUGGGAAGCUAACUCGAUCUCCGCUGCAGUCACCCCUCACCCUUGCACUGUGACGGAGCAGACUUCAUGUACCGGUACCACUUGCUCUUCUCCCAACUCUACUGCAGGAGUUUGCGACCAAGCCGGAUGUGAUUUCAACUCGUACCGCCUCGGCGACACCACUUUCUACGGCCCAGGAAUGACAGUAGACACCACUAAGCCUUUCACAGUCGUCACCCAAUUUAUCUCGUCUAACAACGAGACCACCGGUACUCUUUCCGCCAUUCGUCGGCUGUACGUCCAAAACGGAGUGGUCAUCCAAAACUCUGAGACUAACAUCCCCGGAAUUACUACUACCAAUGAAAUCGACGCUACAUUCUGCGAGCAACAGAAGACCGCCUUCGGAGACACUGACACCUUUGACUCCAAAGGUGGAUUGAGCGGAAUGGGGGAUGCAUUGUCUGCCGGUGUGGUUUUGGUCCUCAGUCUUUGGGACGACUAUGCCGUCAACAUGCUCUGGCUCGACUCUACCUACCCGACUGACGGAACCACCGCUGGUGACUUCCGUGGCACUUGCCCCACAACGUCUGGUGUGCCAGCUACCGUAGAGGCCGCCUCCCCCAACGCGCAGGUCAUCUACUCUAACAUCAAAUUCGGUGCUAUUGGGUCGACGUUCAGCACUUGA